UCCCCUCUCUCUCUCUCUCUCUCUCUCUCCCCCUUCCCUUUAGAGUUUAGAGUGGUCACCAAGACAUGAAACGUCAUUGCUGAUCCCAGAAUUUUCUCACGAAAAACGAAAAUAAACAAAUCGUCUGAUUAUUGUGGUAUACCCUCGCUCUAUCUAUCAAUCCAACAUGUCAACCGCAACCAAUUAAAAUUGGUGUGGUGAUUCAGUGUCGUCAUCUCGGAUAUAGUACUAGUGAUCAUGUUUCGGUGCUACUCUCCAGGUAGUGUAGUUCCGAUUUCUUAUGUUCCUUUCUAUCUCUAGCUUUCAUGUUUAGGUUUGUUUAUUGAUGCCCUCCCAACCAAAUUAUUCGAUAUUUCUGGUUAUAUGAUUGUAAUAAUCGAAGAAUUCAAUUAAUUUCCAUGUAAUUGAACAACUGCAAGAAUUCUGAUUAGACUAGACUUGUUGAAAAAACCUAGUCCUUCCCUUCCAACUUGACUUUAUUGUCUCAUUGACAGCUUGAUUUAUGACGUUUUUUUUUUCUUUAUUCUAGUGACAAUCUCACAAGAACAUCAUGUUACUUUCCCGUUGUUGUGCAAUUUUAGCUGAGAUUUGACUGUUGCAUGCUUCUUCCAAGUACUAGUACGAAGGAUAUAAGGCAAGAGUUAAGCGAGGAAAGGCAGUUCACAGUUGAGCAAAACCCUUGCAAGUAGAAAAGGAUAUAUCUUAUUGCUGCCUGUUUCUGAUGUAGCUUCUGUGCCUUCGUGCAUAUCCUUCUUGAUGACGUAAUAUGUCAGUUAUUUCUAGGUCUCAGCUAUUUUCCUGCCAAAUCUAUAUCAAAGGUUUUUCUCUUUCUUUUUUUGAUAGGAAAGUCUAUAUCAAAGUGUAGGACUUAAGAUCGACAUUCAGUCUCUGCUUGCAAGUUUGGCUCAGAUUUUUCCCAAUCCAUAUGGAUCUCAAUGAUCUUAACAAGGUCUGGGAAAUCAAGCCUCUCAAGAAAGUUCGAGAAGAUGAGGCAAGGGAAAUUCUUGAAAAUGUUGCAAGACAGGUGCAACCCAUCAUGCGCAAGCGUAAAUGGAAAGUCAAGGUCCUUUCUGAAUUUUGCCCUUCCAAUCCUGCUCUUCUGGGGCUGAACAUAGGAGGAGGUGAAGAGGUUAAGCUUAGACUGCGGAGGCCAAACAAUGAAUGGGAUUUCUUCCCUUACAACCAAGUUCUUGAUACUAUGCUUCAUGAGCUCUGCCACAAUGAACAUGGCCCUCACAAUGCUGAUUUCUACAAUCUUUUGGAUGAAAUCAGAAAGGAAUGUGAGGAUCUAUUGGCUAAAGGGAUUACCGGCACUGGGCAAGGAUUUGAUCUUCCUGGGAGACGAUUGGGUGGGUUUUCCCGUCAACCUCCUUUGUCAUCUCUGCGCCAGAAUGCCCUAGCUGCUGCACAAAAUAGAGCACGGCAUGGAGUUUUGUUGCCAUCUGGGCCCAAGCGUAUUGGUGGUGAUUGCAGCAUUAUGGUUGCACUGAGCCCGAUUCAAGCUGCUGCUAUGGCAGCGGAAAGGAGAUUGCAUGAUGAUGUAUGGUGUGGUUCCAAAUCUUUGGAUAAUGAAGGAUCUUCUGAAAGCUCCAACGCAUCUGGAGUGUUGGAGGACAGAUCUAUGCAAACUUCAGCUCAAGUACCCAUUCGUAGCCAGGGAGCAGAUGAUGUCCAAGCGAUGUGGCAUUGUGGUACCUGUACAUUAUUAAACCGGCCACUGGUGCUCAUAUGCAAAGCUUGCGGAUCUCCAAAGAAUGAAGGCAAUGGAGUUAAGAAGUUGAAGGUCUGGUCUUGCAAAUUCUGUACCCUAGAUAACAGUGUUGAAGUUGAGAGAUGCUUAGCGUGUGGGGAAUGGAGAUACUCAUAUGGUCCACCAAUCUUUACCCCUGGACCCUAUCUUGGCACCUGAGGCAGGACAAUUUAAAAAAAGAAACUGUUUCCUUAUGCCAGGUUAGACAGAAUGACCUCUCUUAUGCAAACGCUAUCAUCUAAGUUUGAAAUCAUAUUUGCAUGAGCUGACCUCAAUAUGUAUCAUUGGAAUGGUGAUAUUAGCCAAUGGGUGACUGCUUUUUGGUGCUGCAGAGUUUGUCUGAUAGUGGUGAAGCUCUUGAGCAUAACCAUUUAAUUGUAUAUGCUUAUACAUACAUACUUACAUACAUGUAUAUGUGGGUACUAUAACGUUGUUUAUUGUUAAAUGCUUUGUUGCAGUUUUGCUUAACUGAGUUGGCAUAAUCCCCUCAUUGUUUUUAAUAAAUUCUGCCUCUUUUAAGUAAGCACUGAGGAGGCACAAAGUAUUAUAAAACAUGAGGUGAAUGUGUGGAUCAAGGGAAAACGAAAAAAGAUGCAACACCUUUGCUACCCGGGAGUUUCUAAAGUUCAGUUUUAAAAUUUGUCUUAAGGUGAUA